AUGGAUGCGAACACUGCUAUCGCUCUCGCUUCGAUGGCCACUGCCAUCCUUGCGCUGUUUGUCGCUAUGUUUCAGGUCAAACUGGAGGAAUCAAUUGAGGCAAGGCGCAAAGGGAAAAUUGACAAAUUGGCUCUUGGAGAAUGGGCUAUCACCUGGCCAGAAACAAAGCUCAUCAUUUUCAAACUCUCGUCUCUCCUCCAUAUUCGAUCACCGUUUGACGACCCGCGCGUCCUAACCGUGCCUUUCAUUACAAUCGGCGCACUCCAAGAUUGCCUGCGGCAGGAGGCUCUGGCCGAGCGUCGCGGGAUGUUGAGUCGACGCAUGACUUCAAGAUUGGUGCAAGCUGCAACUCAGUAUAUCGCAAUCGGCGGUGGAAGCGGCAGUGGCCGCAUUUAUGCCGUUCGCGAAACAACUCGGAAGAAAUCGGAAGCCUGCUGGUCUGAUGCUAUGGAUAUGUGUGGCAUCACUCGGCAAUACUGGCGGCUUCUAACGAGCGUGAGCGCCAGAACAUGCGACGGUACCAUUCGACCGGCGGGUGCUGUUACGAAUCUGCACUCCAUCCUGGGUUUCGCAAGAGCUAUGGGAUUGAGGCGCGUAGUGAAGCAGGGAACAAGCAUCACAAUGACCAACGGUGGCGCUUCCAUUACUGUGGAUCUGAAAGCCAGUAUCGACGGAUCAACUCAGUUCGCUCAUUUCGGUGGCUCUCCGAACUCAAGAUACGUCAUCAUCGACGAGAUGUCUCAACAAACCGCGGAAUCAAUCUACGCAGAUGCUUUAUGGGCCGCUGGCUGUGUCCCUGUAGCUUCCCGACUCGCCUACGGUAGAGUUGCGACCGCACUGUCUGGCAGUAUUGGGAAAUACAGAGAGCAGCAUGAGGAAAUAGUUUCAUGGCCAGAUGCCGUCCAACCGCCUAUCCUAGCAAGAACUGACCCUAAUUCGAGGCAAAUAUUUCAUGAAUGGGCGUCUGGUUUCCUCAAAGCCAGGAAAUGUUGUAACAAUGAGUCGAUUGCCGAUCCCCGUCGGGUUUCUCUUCUUGCACUUACUCAGCGACCAGAUCCGGCAAUCAUCACUUGCAUUCGGACCUAUCCAAAGACCAUGUUAUCAGAGGAGCAGCUCAAAGCUUGCUAUCAUGCUGCUUGGUGGUGUAUCGAGCAUUGGUGGCUAGAUUCCUAUCAAGUGAUGUGCCAGACACGCCAACUGGCUGAACGUCCGAGACUUCCACUUCCAGAUGUCAAUAUGAUCGGCUGCGAGUUUGUGACAGAUAUUGCACAGGCCAAAGCGUGGUGUCAGGCGGUGUGGCCCCGAGAAAGUGUUCUCGUCGAUUCAGGAUGCUGGAGUAACUGCAUUAAGCAGGUUUCAGCUUGGCAUUCUCAGGCCGUGACAUCCGUCGGAUCGGUAUUCGGGUUACUGGAGCAGUCAAUUCUGAUGAAGGUAUUGCAAAUUUGGAAGCUAAAUGUCGUCAGUGAAAGACUCUGGGCGGGUAGUGAGGCAACCAAGGGGGCUUAUGAUGCAGCCAUUUGCGAGGCCAUGUUACUUAACAUGGCCCUUCUGGCAAUCGCAGCAGACAGUUCGGCUAGUGAUCCUUCUGAGAACAACAAAGUAUUAGAGGUUGAAUUCGGAUGA